AGCUGCUUUGGUUGGUGCAGACUAAGCAGAUGCACUGAACUUAGAAAACGCUUUUGUUAGGGCUCCUGGAUGAACAGGUGAGCCCACUUCAAACGACGGGGUGCAUAAGCGCGCAAGGUUUUUACAGUUGACAAGGACCAAUUAUGCAUAGGUCGGCCAUUAUGUCGUUCGUAUCGCUCGACCGAGUUAAGUGGAUAAAAAGCUUGAUCGACCAACUUUUAAACUACACAUCGUUUAUCUCUGUCCUCUAAGGCUUGAAUUUACAAUGUCUCUCGAGCUGAAAUUUUCCGGUUAUCCUCUACUUUCGCCGCAUCACUAGAUACCACUGAAUCAAAUUCCUGCUUAAUUUAACUUGAUCCACUUUCUGGAGGUUAAAGACGCCAUGGAGAGGAUACAUCAGAGUCGAAAUCCUACUACUCCUUCUUCUUCUUCUUCUUCUUCUUCCAUGAACGGAUCAAUGCGUUUGACCUCAAAUAAUACCGAAAGCACCAAACUUUCACGCUAUAGCCCAAGCACUAGAAGCAAAAAUGUCCCAAGGAACACUAAUAGCUCCCGCCAACUCCCCGAAUUGAAACCCAGAAGAAAAUCGAGUAGUGGCACUGCCCACUUUGAAAAAGUCGAAUCAGAAGAAGAACAAGUUGUAGUUAAAGGAGAUGAUUCCACUUCUGCUUUUCCUAUUUUGAUUGGAACUUGCCCUUUUAUGUGCCCAGAGGGGGAAAGGGCCCAAAGAGAGCGGCUGCGCGAUUUAGCUAUUUUUGAGAGGCUGCAUGGAAAUCCAGGGAAAACAUCUCCUAGCCUAGCUGUUAAAAAGUUUUGCAGAACUAUAUCAACCAAGCAAAUGCAGGCAUCUGAUGUGCGGCCACUCCCAAUAUUGGAGGACACUUUGAGCUACCUUUUAAAUUUGGCAGAUUCCACAGACCAUCCUUUUGAAGUAGUUCACGAUUUCAUCUUUGACAGGACAAGGUCCAUAAGACAAGAUCUUAGCAUGCAAAAUAUAGUCAAUGACAAAGCAAUUUCUAUGUAUGAGAAAAUGGUUAAAUUUCAUGUAGUAUCACACCAUAAGCUUCUAUGUUGUGGUAGCAAUGCAAAUAUUUCUUCAGUGCAUCACCUGAACAUGGAGCAGCUUAUAAAGUCUCUGACCUCUCUAUAUGCCCUGUAUGAUGAAAAUCGAGAUCCCAUUUAUGAAAAUGAGGCUGAGUUUCGUUCACUUUAUGUGCUUCUUCAUCUUGAUUCUAGAAGCCAACCAGCGGUUGAAUUCUACUUCAUUUGUGUGGGGGAGUCUCUUUCUUUGUGGUUUCGCCGAGUGCCUCGUCCAAUCAUCAGGUCAAAAGAAAUGUAUUUUGCCCGGAGUGUUUUACGAUCUUUUCGUAUGGGCAAUUACAAGCGUUUCUUUUGUACCAUAGCUGCUGAGGCAUCUUAUUUACAGUACUGUAUUAUUGAACCUUACAUUGAUGAGGUUCGUGCGCUGUCUCUGUCCUGUAUGAAUAAUGUCGGCUACAAGCUUCAUCCAUAUCCUUUGGUACAUUUAUCAAAGCUAUUGAUAAUGAAGGAAUCAGAUCUGGAACGGUUUUGUAAUGCUUGUGGUCUUGAGACCUGCACAGAUGAAAUGGGAAAUAAGUUGUUACCCACCAAGCAAACAACUUUCUGUAUUCCCAAGGGAGGAUUUCAAAGCUUCAAGUUUCCAGGUUUGGAGCAAUUUGAGAGUUGACUUGAAGCCUGCGGUUCCUUGGAGGAAAAUCAGGGUCUAUUCUGGAGCUUUCAAAUCCACAACAGGGAUAAAAAAUCCUGACUUUAGAAUACUGAGUGCAUGUAACCUUGAUCUAUAGUAACCACUGGUUCACAUGUACAGAGAAAACAACCAUUAAUAAUCAAAACUUGUGGUUCAUAUAGAUAGGCAUAGAGGAUGGAAGAAAUAGGUUUGACCUCAAUCCUUUAUUGAACAUCAAUUAUUCUGAUCUGUUUGUAUUAUAUGGAGCUUGGUAGAGAUACCUGUAGCAUUUGAUGUUGUGGACACUUGUCAUUUUUCACUUCUGAAUGUGCAAAAUCUUUUAUUUCUCA